AUGAUAGUGAAAGUGAUGAAACGAGCUGUUAAAAGAUGUUAUUCAUGUCGAUCGAGGGGAGAUUUAGGUACUUGUAGGGAUCCCUUUAAAGUUAAUUCAACUUUGGGUGAAAUAGAAAAAGGAAUCGAAGCCGUUCCAUGUGCCUCUGGAUGGUGUUCAAAAAUUAUUGAAGGCGAUUAUGGUUUAGCAACAGAACGACAGUGUUUAUCAAGAGGACCAUCAGAUUCUGAAGAAAGAUGUGCUAAAACGGAAUGGAAUCAUAAAAAAGUAUACAUGUGUUUUUGUCAAGGUGAUUUAUGUAAUCAUUCACCUCACAUCAUUCCCAAUUUUUACUUAGGUUCACUUUUAAUAUUAUUUACACUUUUAAAUUAA